AUUGCUCAUUCUGCUUCUCGGUUUUGGCAUCACUCGGUGUUGGUGGCGGAGUUUGGGAAUAUGCUCGCAGCUCCUGCUAUACGUCAGCUGGCCGCCAGCCGGUGCUACGCUGCCGUCUCUCACGUCUCGCCCACCGGCCCGUCCUUUGCUCUGACCGAAGAGCAGCAACAGCUCCAAGAGCUGGCGCGGAAGUUUACCCGUGAAGAGAUCAUUCCAGUGGCUGCGCAAUACGACAAGACCGGCGAGUACCCAUGGCCGAUCAUCAAGAAGGCCUGGAGCUUGGGUCUGAUGAACAACCACAUACCCGCCGAGCUGGGUGGCUUAGAAUUAGAUGUGUUUACGACCUGCCUGACUGCCGAGGAACUGGCCUAUGGUUGCACCGGUAUUAUGACUGCUCUGGAGGCUAGCGGCUUGGGCCAAACACCUGUGAUCCUCUCCGGCAACAAGGAGCAGAAGAAGAAGUAUCUGGGUCGUCUGCUGGAAGAGCCUUUGGUGGCAGCUUAUUGUGUCACGGAGCCUGGCGCUGGCUCUGAUGUGGCCGGUAUUAAGACUCGAGCCGAAAAGAAGGGCGACGAGUAUGUGAUCAAUGGCCAGAAAAUGUGGAUCACCAAUGGAGGCGUGGCCAACUGGUACUUUGUGCUGGCACGAACCAACCCCGAUCCCAAGUGCCCGCCCAGCAAAGCAUUCACUGGUUUCAUUGUUGAUCGUGAGACCCCUGGCCUAACGCCUGGUCGCAAGGAACAGAACAUGGGUCAGCGUGCAUCUGACACACGUGGUAUCACCUUCGAGGAUGUACGAGUUCCAAAAGAGAACGUGCUGAUUGGCGAGGGAGCUGGCUUCAAAAUUGCCAUGGGCACCUUCGACAAGACCCGCCCUCCAGUCGCAGCCGGAGCCGUUGGCUUGGCCCAGCGCUGCUUGGACGAGGCCCUAAAGUAUGCGCUGGAACGCAAGACCUUUGGUGUUCCUAUUGCCCAUCAUCAGGCAGUUCAAUUCAUGUUGGCCGACAUGGCCAUUGGCGUGGAGACAUCUCGAUUGGCGUGGCGCCUAUCCGCUUGGGAGAUUGACCAGGGACGUCGCAACAGCUACUACGCAUCCAUUGCCAAGUGUCAUGCGGCCGACAUGGCGAACAAGAUUGCCUCCGAUGCUGUGCAAAUCUUUGGCGGCAAUGGUUUCAACAGCGAGUAUCCCGUGGAAAAGCUAAUGCGCGAUGCCAAGAUCUAUCAGAUCUAUGAGGGCACAUCUCAAAUUCAACGUCUUAUUAUCUCAAGGAACAUGUACGAAAUGGCCAAGGGCGGUACCAGCAGAUAAGAUGUAAGGUCACGGUCACAAUCAUCCUCAUUUCACAAACAACGAUAAAUAAAGUUAAUAUAUAAGUACUUAAACUA